UUUUUGAGUGACCGCAGCACGUACGUCGUGUCAUCAAGUUGGGUGUUGGAAGGAAAUGAUGGAUUAUAUUCCUCCUGGCCAUCAAGAGCCUCAAAAUUGGAGAUCCUCAAGCUUUUAAAAUGCCACCAUCCACAAGAGCCUUCAUGGGGAAAACACAAAAUCCGCAUUCUCUGCACCACAGAUGAUAUUGACGAAGCCAUGGAGAAGUUAGCUCUGGCUGAGGACACGUCAAACCUUGAGAGCGACGCCGAGGUACAUAAGAAAACACGAAAGGAGAGAAAACGUGUAAUUUUCUCUAGCACUGAAAGUGACUCAGAUGGAGAUGAGGCGAAACAGAUUGUGAGAAAAUCAGAAAAGGUGCUGCUCGAGCUCGGACAAUGGUGGCAAAUCAGCUUCCUCCUCCACCUCCAGUGCCUACCAUAAGUGGUACCUACUCACAUCCUCCAGUAGUGCAGGGUACAAGUGCACGUCCUCCUGCCGUGCAUUCGGGGUAUUUUACAGGGAGAAGACAUGACGAUCCCUGCCCAGACAUUCCACAGGAGUCUCACACUGCUCGUCCAGCACAUCAUUUUCGUGAGCAGACCCAUGUGCUAGCCGACGGAGCAGGCACACGACUGGAUAUGAGAUCUCCAUCUCCUGACAGAGUUACAUCCGUGUAUGCUCCACGGAGCACAGCUCAAGGAUAUGGAUUGCAACUCUCCUCGCAUACUCAUGGUGUGCAUUACAGCGAUCCACCUGCCAGACUAUCGCAGCCAUCAUGAUGGGAACCUUCAGUGCCUCGUUAUGGGACACCACAACAUGCACUAGAAGACCAGGAAAGUCAUCAUCUGUUGAAGACACUACUGGAGAAAAUCUCCACUCUUGAGUCUAGAUUUAAAGUAUUCGAAAGCAGGAUUUUUCUGCAUAACAAAGAAACUUUGCUGGAAAUACGUGAAAUGAACAAGCGAUGCGUCCAUGGGAAAGUACCCUUAAAUCUCCCUGAGGACUGCCCCAUGAUACCUGCCACUGCCUUCGAAAUGUUGGAGGAUUUAGACACCUACCUCCAGGAGGAGAGGAACCUAACUUCUAUGACUACGAUGCCUCCCCGUGGGAAGUACUACAGCAGGAGGGCUCCCCCUCCGACACGGUCCUCGCACGAAGGAGGUGGACCCGCACGCCGGUCCCGUUCCCCGCUCGGAGCCACUUCGGGGACGUCCACGAGGCAGUCGGUAGCCACUUGGACUGUGGUCUCGCAAGGAAGACCGGUUGGCUGGGUGUCACGGUCGAAAUGGAGCUCCCAGCCCCGCCCUGUCUGUGGAGAAAGCCCGUCAAGGGUACAGCCCCCCUUCCGUGGACUGACCUUGGAGGAGAGACACCCCUGCGAUCCCCCAAUUCCGCUGUCCGAAGAUGAAGCUCGACAACUCUGUCCCCUGUGCGGUGUACCCGAGCUACAUCGGCGUGCACACCGCCAAGGCCAGCUCCAUCAGUCUAAACUUGAAGCCUCCCGAUCAACCGCCCGUACAACCACUGACGUCUCUGCUGCCCUCGCCACUCUACGACGUCACCGUCCUGACCUUCUGAGGGAAACGGGAACUUCUCCCCUCAUGCGCCCGCAGGUGCCUACCACUUUCCCAACACCCGGAUCCUCCGUACCUCGAGGCCCGGCUGACGAUUACAUGGACGAUACGGUU